AUGGCAUCCACCAGCACUCAGAUCGACCUGUCUCACCACCUCUCUAUAGAGGCCCGCGCUCGCAAGCCUAAUCCGAUGAAGGCCAUUGCAAGAUUAGCGAGAAGAAAGCCCAACAUGGUGUCGCUCGCAAACGGCGACCCACACUCAUCUCUGUACCCCAUCAGGCGCAUAUCAUAUCAAGUCGCAUCUGUUGCCGAGAAAGACCCCGUCGGGACCUGGCGCAGAGCGGGACCCGCCGCGCGCUCGCAGACAAUUGCGUCGGACCGCGUCCUGCCUGUCAAGUCUGCAAUGCAGUACACGAACGGAGCGGGGCUGGUUGAGACACAGCGCGCGAUCACGGAGCUCACCGAGUUCUACCACAAGCCACACGAUCACGUCUGCACCCUGACAAUCGGCAACGGGGACGGCGUCACAAAGUGCUUUAGGCUGCUGGGGAGCCCCGGAGACCAUUUCCUCGCCGACGAGUUUUCGUUCAGCUCGCUGACGAAUGCGGCGCUACCGCAGGGGAUCAAAUGGGUGCCCGUGAAAAUUGACGAUGGAGGACUGAUCCCGGAGGAGCUCGAGCGGCUUAUGGAGAACUGGGAUGAUAGGCGGGGACCGAGACCGCACGUGCUGUACACAGUGCCAUGUGGACAAAAUCCAUCCGGAUCGACGCUGACGAUGGAGCGGAGGAGGCAGAUAUACGAGCUGGCGCAGCGAUUCGACAUCAUGAUCAUCGAAGAUGACCCAUACUACUUUCUCCAGUACACAUCUCAAUCGUCCACCCAAGCGCUCACGCCGUCCUUCCUCUCCAUGGACGUCGACGGACGUGUGAUGCGCGUCGACUCGCUCAGCAAGGUUGUCGCUCCAGGCACACGCCUCGGAUGGAUCACCUCAAACUCCCUCUUCCACGAGCACCUGAUCUCGCUCACUGACUCCUCGACGCAGCACGCGCACGCGUUCGGGCAGAUCUUCCUCGCCGAGCUGCUUGGGCCCGAUGGGUGGGGUGUUACCGGGUUUGAUGCAUGGGUGCGGUCGCUGCGGGAUGAGUACCAACGGCGGCGAGACUUCUUCUUGGACUUGUUUGCGCGGGAGGUGGGCGUGACGGGGUUGGCGAGCGCGGGCCCAUGCGAGGCUGGGAUGUUCAUCUGGGCGCGGAUUCACGUCGAGCGUCAUGCGCGGUAUCAGAAGGUCCGCAGCGUGACGGGCGCGCGCACGAAUUGCAAGGAGCUGAUGGAGGAAGUGUUUGAGCGGUGUGUAGAGGCGGGGCUGCUUGUGAUGCCCGCGUCGGUGUUCAUGCUGGAGACGGACGCGAAGUAUGCCGAUGCGCAAGACCCAAUUGAUGAUCGAUUGAACUACUUCCGAUUGACAUUUGCUGGGACGGAAGAGGCCAUGGAAGAUGGUCUGGCGAUCCUUGGCCAGACGCUGGUGGAGUUCUUUGCAGACGCAAAGACAGAACAAAAUUGA